AUGGCGUCCCAGACGGAUCCUUCCCUUUUUAUUUAUCUAGCGAAUGGGGUUACGACCUAUGUCUUGGUGUAUGUUGAUGACAUAUUGGUCACAAGCAGCAAGUCUACUCAUAUAUCAGCCCUACUUGACCAGCUCUCCAGGGCAUUUUCUAUCAAAGACCUUGGACCCUUGCACUAUUUUUUGGGCAUUGAGGUUGUAGCACAUAGCAAAGGGCUCCUUCUCUCUCAACAGCGAUAUAUUAUAGAUUUGCUACACAAAACCGGCAUGAUAGAUUGCAAACCGGUUUUUACACCAGUUCCAAUCUUGUGCAAACCCACUAAGUCAGAGGGUGCACUGUUCACUGAUGCUACACUGUAUCGCUCCACUGUGGGCGCCCUACAAUAUGUAACACUUACGAGACCAGAUGUUGCUUAUGCGGCUAAUCGGGCCUGUCAACAUAUGCACGCUCCAAUAGAGGAGCACUGGUCCCUUGUGAAGCGUAUACUACGGUAUCUCAAAAGCACCAAAUCACAUGGGCUCCUCAUUGACAAGAAAUCCCCCCUGCAUAUUCAAGCCUAUUCUGAUGCUGAUUGGGCUGGUGACAGUACUGAUAGAUGGUCCACCGGGGGUUUUGUGAUUUUUCUUGGCAACAAUUUAUUAUCAUGGUCAUCUCGCAAGCAGCACACAGUAGCACGGUCUUCUACAGAGGCCAAAUACAAAUCCGUGGCCAACGCUACAGCCGAGUUGACAUGGCUUGUGUCCUUAUUUAAAGAGCUUGGCAUUGUGUUACCUACCCCUCUAGUUCUCUGGUGCGAUAACAUUGGGGCCACAUACCUAUCAGCCAAUCUGGUGUUCUAUGCCAGGACAAAACACAUUGAAAUUGACUAUCACUUUGUCCGAGAAAAGGUCGCCCGUUGA